UUUUAAAAAAUUAAACCUCAAAAAGUGUAAAGUGAAAAUACCAAAGUGUCUAAAAAAAAAUGUCAAAGCACCUAGACUUUAUUCUCGGCUUCGAAGAACCGACAUUAGACCGAAGACUUAGUUUCAAGUUUUCCCGCGCUCGUCUUUCAGCGCCACCUACAUCUUCAGUUUUACAUUUAACUUCCCACCCACGUAACCAAUCUUCCCCGCAAAAACUGUCAGAAGACGGUCUGUACGUCUCCCCAGGCCCUCUGACGACGGAAAUAGUGAAGCCUUACCAAUUAGACAGCCACCGGAAGAUAAUAACCUCCCGAGUGCCGUCUCCCCAAUCGCGAGUCCUCGAAUUCUCCAUAAGCGAGUUUAAAAUGGCUGACCCUGGCUUGAUAACCUCAGUGAGCCUGUUGCACCAAGACACAGUUGUUUGCCGGCUAUCUCCGCCAUUUUGUUCCAAGUUGUGCAAAUUAUUACUAAAAAAAGAGCCUAACUUGAGCCUGAAGCUAACUUCAAGCUCCUCUUCGGUAAUCUUACCCCUCCCACUGCCUAGCCGGUGCGUGAAGAACUACCCAAUAGCGAUAGACUUCUCGCUCCCCUCUCCUUUGAUCUCCGGCCAAUGCGUGGCCUUGAUGAGCCUCGAAGCUCCUACAAAGCCGAAGAGUUACCACGCUCCGCCCACUUCGGACCCCAACGACCCCCAGAACGUCGCCAUAAGGCCCGCUAGGGCCAAAAAUGCGUCAUUUUUCGCGCUAGUCGACCCUGGACUUUGCAUCGAGGCGCCAUCUGUUGAACCAACCGCUAAAACAGUUGUAGAAGCCGCCACCAAGGUCAUAAACGAGCCAGCGACGUUUUCUUUGCGAGAUAUUACGUUUAAUGGCUGGUUCGAGGCCGCUAGGCCCUUAAGGCCCCUCAAAAUGGCCGACAGAAAGCUUGAGGCCCAGAUAAUGGUGGAAAAAAAUGAAGUGUUAGCUCUGACGGUGCUCAGAGCCGUCCAGGUGCCGGUUAGAGAAGAAAAUGGCCGCGCUAAUCCCGUUUUAGUGCUCCAGUGGGGAGAUAUUGUCGAAGUCACCAAAAUGGCGGACUCUGCGAACCCAAUAUGGCAGCAGACGUUCAAUUUCGGGCUUCCGAAGAACUUUCAAGAGGAAAUGGGCAUUAAAAUGAUCUUGUAUGAUCAGCAUCCGACCUGGGGGCUACAAUGGUUAGGAGAAUCUGCAAUACCGACCGAAGGUAACGAGAAUUAUUUCGAGAUUGAGCGAUGGGUUACCUUGUCGAGGUUGAAGAAACCCAUUUUGAGGUUCGGGUACAAAGAAAAUGGCGACACGAGGAUCUAUGUGUGUCUGAAGGUAAAGAAGAACUUCGGGAAGGAAGAUAGAAUUAAAAUUGAUGUCCUUGCGAAGACUAUGCAGAGGUGUGUGGUCCCAUAUAAGCUUGAGGGCCUGGAGGGGGAGGUUGAUGAGGUUGUGAUGAGGUUAAGGACCCUGCCGAGGAAAGUAGGACCUGUUUUACCGAGGCAGGCGCUCAAGAUUGGAAAAGUGGAUUACUUUGGAAGGGCCGCGCUGUUGGCGAGUUUGCUAGCUGGGGAAGAUAAGGAUGCUUUUGUGGUGAUUGGAAGCUCCCAGGUGAGACACCUGGCGGCGUAUGUUGUUACUGUCGGUAAAGAGGUGGAAGUUUGGGAUGCUGAGAAUGGAGAGAAGGGGAAAAUCGGCGAUAGCGGGUGUUCAUUGGUUAGAAUUCAUAGGAUGGUUAGUCAUGGUGGGAUCUGGAAGAACCUCCAAACUUCAACUCUCUCCAACCUCCGGUUCAACUUCAAGAACUCAAAAGACUGGCAGUUGAUAACCUCAACAUCAGCGACACCUAGAGAGCCUCAAACCUUGACCCUAGACGCCGAGCCCGCUUCUGAAAACUCCGAAGAAAUGGAAACCUACCUUAAGGACAACUUGUCACAACUGCGCAGUCGCCUAGGCUUCAUCACAAUUUUUAAUAGACACGCUUCUUCGGUCCUCAAGCCCUACUUAGAAUCACUGGCUACUCAGGACCCAAAAGUCGGCCAUCUUGAGCAGCUACACCGCGUCUACUUAAUUUCCGGCUACGUGGUGAAUCUUCGGUAUGAUGGUAAAGAAGAACUCCUUAAUUUCUUCUUAUCUACAAAGAUUCAAGAAGUUACUGGGCCAGUUGAGUUCUCAAUUGUUUGCAAUCUGCAGCGCCAUGUUGGAAGAAUUUUUUCGUUGUGGCUAUGUGUCGCCAUCUUGCGGACUCGCGAGUAGAAUUAGUAUUUUAUAAUAAUUUUGUUGUAUAUCUCCUAUAAUAUUGAAGAUAGCCCUAUAUAAUAAAAAAAAUUUUAAUAUGAAAUUUCCUAAGCUACAAUCUUCUAUGGC